AUGAGCGAUAUACGCACCAUGAGGAUGUGCAAAGUGCUCGAGGAGAACCCGGGUGCAUCUGAACGAUUGGAUGUUGAGCAUCUUUGGGAGCUCGAUGAAAUGGUUGGUUUGGUUCCUCGUUUGAGUUCGCCAAUUUGGUACGCUGUUAUUUCUUAUCGUUAUGAAUUUCAGGUGAAAUCUUUUCCAAAGGUGGCUGAGUGCAUUGGGCAAGUUGCAGUCCAAGAGGUUACGUUAUUGGUGAAUAAUACUGUGUGCCGUAAGCGCAAGCAUGUACCUUGA